AUGAGUCUCAUCGGUCGAGCAAACGAUGUUUUCCAAGUCAACCCCGUAACAGGGGUUGAUGAAGCACUCUCUAUACAUGGAUCUGACUGGCUAUGGGCUGUGACAGCCAUCUAUAUUGUCUCCUUUAUCGGCCUCCUAGUACUCUCCUUCGCAGCAAAAGAAAGCGAAAGAGUUUUCCACUACCUAUUCACUUGCGCCUUAAUGGUCGGCGCCAUGACCUACUACGCACAGGCAUCCAAUCUAGGCUGGAGCGCUGUCGAGCAAGUCGACAACGUCGGAAACGGAGUAAUCCGCCAAAUAUUCUAUGCCAAAUACAUCAACUGGGUAGUCGCCUUUCCUUCGCUUGCUCUAGCAAUGGGUCUAAUCUCGGGCGUGUCUUGGACCACCAUCGUUUGCAACAUUGCUAUAUCCUGGAUCUGGGUUAUCAGUUACCUCGUGGCGGCAUUUACACCCUCAAGCUACAAGUGGGGGUUCUUCGCCUUUGGUACAUUCUCAUGGCUUAUCCUUGCUAUGAGUACUAUCAAUGAGAGCCGUGAGGCUGCUGCUUUGUUGGGGAUUCAACGUGACUAUAUGGUGCUUUCGGGGUGGUUGAAUCUCUUGUGGUUGCUUUAUCCUAUUGCAUUUGGAUUGACUGAUGGUGGGAACCGGAUCGGUGUGACUGGUGGUUUUAUUUUCUUUGGUGUUCUCGAUAUACUCACCGUUCCAGUGUUGAGUUUUGCUGUUUUGUUCUUUGCUCGAAACUGGGAUUAUCGCAAGUUGAGCAUUGCGUUCAGUGAUUCCCGUCCAAGCCGAGAGAGUGAGAGUGAAAUCAAGGAAGCUCCCCGGGCAUCCUCCGAUAUUGCCUCCACUGUCUGA